AAACCACUGACAUAUUUAGUCAUCUGGGCUAGUUAUACAGAACCAUAAUUAACAUUUAAAUAUUGUAUUAACACAGUAGAGUGAGUAAAAUUGUCGACAUAUUAAUAAGUUGGCCCAAGUAACAUUCUACAAUUAAUUUCCUACAGCAAUAACAACAGUAACAUAGUUUAAAAAAAUCUUUUCCAAAUGCAGACUUUCCACGUCUUUUUAAAAGUAAUUAUGAAAAGAUUAAGUCAUUUAAAGGCAUUGUAUCCAAUACAAAUCAAUCUAUUUUAUUCUUGAUCAUCCUUUGUUCAUGGCAAGGCGAAGUCACCAUGGACCAGAUGUCCAGUGGCAAUGGGUAUGAGCCGGACAGUUCGGCCACUUGCAUAGUGGUUCGGCCAAAGGGACGAGUGGGUAAGGACGAGGCUUUGCGCAUGGAGGCAGAUGCAUUAAAUAAAAUGCAACAUGAACGGAGACACAAAAUUCAAGUCCAUGCAUCGCAAAUGAAAGUGCACCCUACAGAUGCACAAGCAUCUGUAACGUCCCUAAGCCAUCUGGAGAAAGAUCUCAUCAUCUUCCCUGACUCAGAACCCAAGAAGAAGGCAGAGAAGGACACAUUUGCAGACAUUGAUGUGGAGACAUUGACAAAUGAAGAGCUGGAGAAGCUGCUUUUGGAUGAUAAUUUUGGUAGGCCCCCAUCACUGUUGCAUCACAGCCUCAGUGCAGCAAACACACAUGGACAAACUUUCAAGCCAUACCCUUUAUAUUGGACAUCCAUGCUUUCUACUUCAAAAUCCACUAUGUCUACUCUGACUCACCUGCCAGGCCCAGUUUUUCCUUUCCAGUCUGUCCAUCUCCCUGCCCAACAGAGCCCAUUCCUCCCUUUUGUCUCAGUCCAGCCAGUCACUCCUCAGGUGUUUCAUCAGCCAGUCAUUAAUCCAGAAAUGGCUAAGCUCUUUGACAAGAUUGCCAGCACUUCGGAAUACUUGAGGAAUGGCAGAUCUUCAAUCAUGGAUGAAAACUCUGUUAGCGUCAAGUCCCUGGAGCCUGUACUCCACCCUACUGAUUCCCCUAGCAUUAGCUGCUUUGACUGGCUGGAUCUGGACCCUCUCAGCAAGCGUCGAGUGGAGGUAGAAGAUAUUCCUGGUGCCCUAUGUGGACCUGUAUUAGUGGAUUCUGUCCCUGCAAGUGACCCCUGGGAUGCAGUGUUGCAAGAAGACACAGAGGUCUUGACAAUCAACAGUUCUUUAACACAGGAAAAAGACAAGUGCACUGUAACUCAACCCAGACGGGCAUCUACUGGAAUGGCAGUUACCAGGAACCAAGUACCUACAACCUCCUUUCUAAACAGCCAAAGUAAAGUCACUAAUAAAAGUGGGAAUGCAUUUAAAAAGAAUACCAUUUUACAAGAAAAUUGGGCCCAAAACCUAGAAAUCUUAGCAUUUGGUGAAGACAUCGCAAAACUAAAAUCAAAGUUUGCACAUGAUGAUCAUUCUACUAAUCCUGGAUACGUUUUGAACCCAGUGAUCUCUCACAGGGAGGUAGCGGGAGACAGUAGUAGCAGUGUGAAAGUUUCCAUUGAAAUUUUGGACUCCCAGCAGCCUGUGACUUUCACAUGCGAUGUGAGUUCACCAGUGGAGCUGCUGAUUAUGCAGGCUCUCUGCUGGGCCCAUGAUGAUCUGAGCCAAGUGGACAUCAGCAGCUAUAUCCUGAAGGUUUGUGGCCAGGAACAGGUCCUACAAAAUAAACACAGUCUAGGCAGCCACAAGUACGUGCAGAACUGCAGAAAAUGGGAGACUGAGAUAAAGCUGCAACUCCUUACACACAGCACCAUGAAGAGAGACCUUGCCCGAACGCAGGAAGAUGAUGACUCCUCACCUAUUGACUUGGAGAAAUACUUAGGUGACAUUGAGACACCUUUUAAGAAAACAAUCACAAGAGAGAGCCUUGCUGAACAUUUAGAGGAAUAUCACAACCAAGUCAACAUCUGCCUUCAGAAAGAGCGCAUUGAGCACAAAGCAGUGGAUCGAGUAAUCCAAGUGGUUAAAACUCUAUGUUAUUUGCUGGAUGAGGUGGAAACACCAGCCAUAACUGAUGCUGUGCGAAAACUGAGGCAUUUAGUCAACCUUCCUAAAACCUGUUCAUCAGAGGGUAAUGCCAGGUCAGCAUUUUCAACUAAUGGUUAUGCAAGUGCAGUGGAGGAACACCUGAGGGCCCUUACAAGUGCAGUGUAUGAUUUGGUGAAGCUCUUCCUGUGCUCAUUCUGCCUGGACAUCCCUGUUCAUGUGGACCAAAAACAUACAGAAAAGCAAAGAGACAGCAGAGAGGCAUCUAGCAUCACUGAGCAUGUACACUUUAUGCUUUUUGCCAUACAUGGCAUUUCUGCUGCAUGGGCUAGCAGUUAUGAAAAAUACUACAUGAUGUGUGCUCUUAUGCACAAUGACAAGAAUCUUUUGAAGCCUGUCAAGUCCAAGAAAGUUGGGAUAUACAAGAGCUUUUUCUAUCACAUCAAAUGGGAUGAGCUGAUAAACUUUCCCAUCUCUGUUGCCUUGUUACCUCUGGAGACCAUUUUGAGCCUCUCUCUCUAUGGAGUUCUCAACCAGAAUUCCAGCAACUCUCCUGAUUCCAACAAACUGCACAAGGGGCCAGAACUGUUAGGCAAAGUCACCAUGCCACUCUUUGACUUCAGGCGGGUGUUUGCUAAAGGCAUAAAGCUGCUGAGUUUCUGGACGUCUCCUCCAUUCCCCUUACCUGGACCUGUAGGAAAGAAUAAGGACCUGGAGGAAAGAAUCAUAUUGCAGAUAGAGUUACCCAGUCCGCAAGUGGAUGUACUGUACAUAAGUCCUCCAGAAAUGCCUUUCCUAGACCAUCAAUCUGUAGAAAUGGCUGAUCCAGACAUCCGUAGGAGGCUUGAAAAGCUUUGUGCACUGGCAGCUUCUUCCAGACUGACACAGGGAGACAUGCAGCUGCUUUGGGACCAGCGGUACUAUUGUCACAGAUAUGAACACAGUCUUCCCAAGAUCUUAGCCAGUGUACCCAGCUGGGACUGGACUAGCAUACCAGAAAUCCACAUGCUGCUACAUAAUUGGCCCCCACUGUCUCCUGUCUGUGCCUUAGAGUUGCUAGAUUCAAAAUAUGCAGAUACAGAAGUUCGGCACAUGGCUGUGAGCUGGAUUGAGAUCUGCAGUGACGAUGAGCUGACUGACUACUUGCCUCAGCUUGUACAGGCUCUAAAGUUUGAAAGCCAUCUAAACAAUGCCUUGGUUAUGUUCCUGUUGUCUCGAGCUCAAGGAAAUGUCAACAUUGCACACCAACUUUACUGGCUGCUGAGGGAUGCAAUACAGGAGCCUGUGUUUGGCCAGCGUUAUAGCCAUGUGCUUGGAGCACUGCUUUGCAUGUGUGGUGCUGGGUUAAGAGCUGAAUUUGAGAAGCAGAUGCGUCUGGUGAAAUUGCUGGGUGCCCUGGCAGAAAAUGUACGCAAAUCCAGCAGCUCAAGUCGACAGAUGGUGCUCCAGGAGGGCCUAGAAGAAGUGAAGUUAUUUUUCCAGAGGGACAGCUGCAGAAUUCCACUUAGUCCCAGUCUAGUGGCCAAGGAUCUUAACAUAAAGGCCUGCUCCUUUUUCAAUUCCAAUGCUGUUCCUCUAAAGCUUGCCCUGGUCAAUGCAGAUCAGUUGGGAGAAGAAAUUAAUGUCAUGUUUAAGGUCGGAGAGGACUUGAGGCAAGAUAUGCUGGCGCUACAGAUGAUUCGGAUCAUGGAUCGGAUAUGGCUCCAGGAAGGGCUGGACCUGCGCAUUGUCAAUUUCGAAUGUAUAUCAACUGGAAAAGAUAAAGGCAUGGUGGAAUUGGUUCCAUCCUCUGAGACGCUAAGGAAGAUUCAGGUGGAGUAUGGAGUUACAGGCUCCUUUAAGGACAAGCCUCUGGCUGAGUGGCUACGGAAGUAUAACCCUGCUGAGGAUGAGUAUGAGAAGGCUGCAGAAAACUUCAUCUAUUCUUGUGCAGGCUGCUGUGUGGCUACCUAUCUACUUGGCAUCUGUGAUCGCCACAAUGACAACAUCAUGCUUCGUACCACAGGACACAUGUUUCACAUUGACUUUGGCAAAUUUCUUGGCCAUGCACAGAUGAUCGGAAGUUUUAAAAGGGACAGAGCACCAUUUGUCCUUACCUCUGAUAUGGCUUAUGUCAUCAAUGGGGGUGAGAGACCAACAAGCCGCUUCCAGCUCUUUGUGGACCUGUGCUCUCAGGCUUACAAUCUGAUCCGUAAACAUUCCAACCUCUUCCUUAACCUGCUGUCCCUGAUGACACAAUCAGGCUUACCUGAGCUGACUGGAACUCAGGACCUGAAGUAUGUGUAUGAUGCUCUACAGCCUCAGAGUACAAAUACAGAAGCUACCAUUUUCUUUACUAGGUUGAUUGAGUCCAGUCUUGGCAGUGUAGCCACAAAGUUUAAUUUUUUUAUCCACAACCUAGCCCAACUGCGUUUUUCUGGCUUGCCAUCUAAUGAUGAACCCAUACUGUCCUUUUCUCCACGCACAUACACACUAAAGCAGGAUGGCUGUAUCAGAGAUGCUUCCAUCUUCUCUUUCCAGAAGCGAUACAACCCUGAUAAGCACUAUAUAUAUGUUGUACGCAUAUUAAGGGAGGGCCUGAGUGAGCCCCAAUUUGUUUUCCGUACCUUUGAUGAGUUCCAAGAGCUGCACAACAAGCUGACCAUAAUAUUUCCUCUAUGGAAGAUUCCUGGGUUCCCCAACAAGCUUGUGCUGGGACGCAAACACAUCAAGGAUGUGGCAUCCAAAAGAAAGGUGGAGCUGAAUAUUUAUGUACAUAACCUCAUGAGGAGUUCUGCAGAAGUAGCACAGUGCGAUCUUAUCUACACGUUCUUCCAUCCACUUGCUAGAGAUGACAAGACAGAGGGAUUGGACGGACUCCUCAAAGUACCAGAGGAGCUUCCAUUAAGUCCUGCUACAGGCCGUGAAGGGGGAGAGGUGAAGUUAUCAGUGUCUUAUCGAAAUGGAACACUGUUCAUUAUGGUUAUGCACAUCAAAGACCUUGUGUCUGAUGAUGGAGCAGACCCUAACCCAUAUGUUAAAAUGUACCUGCUUCCAGACCCCCAGAAAACCUCAAAACGCAAAACAAAGGUCUCCAGAAAGACCAGGAACCCCACUUAUAAUGAAAUGCUGGUGUACAGUGGCUAUAGUAAGGAGACACUGAAGCAGAGGGAGCUGCAACUGAAUGUGCUAAGUGCAGAAUAUUUGCGUGAGAACUGCUACUUAGGUGGUAUCACCCUCAGCCUGAAAGACUUUGACCUUAGCCAAGAAACAGUCAAGUGGUACCGACUUACAGCAGGGCAUUUCUAGACUUGUAGGACCAGGUGCUCUCAUUCAAGUCUUAUGGGAAGACAAUGAUAUUUAAUAGUAAAUCUACAUCUGAAGAAUAAAUCUAAACUAAAACCCGAUACAGAUUUUGUAUGUUCGCCCCUAAACUUCAGGACUCCUGUGCAGCAUUUGACUUUAUAAACUAAUAUUUUUGUAAAUUCUGUCAUUAGAGGGCCAAAAUUACUUAUAGUUUAUAUUGUAUGUAUAUGGACAUGUAUUUUUUUUUUUUUUUUUUUUUUUUUACACAAGGGAUCAUUGUUGUACCCUACUUUACUAUAAAGAAAAGAAGGAAAUAAUCAGGAAGCAUUAAUAGUCUUUUUAAUGGGUUUAAAAUUAAUUUUGAAUGUCUAGACAGGCACAGAUAAAUCAUAAGUUAUUGUUCAUGUGCCAAAUGAACUGAAUCUUCAUUUGAUUUUUAUUGAUUUUGUUCUCAUACUAAGUAAGCUAAAGAUGAAUCACAAAUUUGGAAAAUGUAUCUGUAUGAAUGUUUUGGGGAAAAAAGUAUUCCCAACUAACAGCUCCAGAGUUCCUAGUUUUCCUAGAUUGUGAGCUCAGGUUAUUGCCUGUGUCAAGUCUGACAUGUUGUCCGUGUGGGUUCUUAUGGUUCUCUGGUUAUUUAUUGGUAAUUGGCUGUCAUUAAUCUAAACAAAAUAGUGUGUAAUGUAAUUUUUUCCACACCACAUGGCAAAUUAAAUGGCUUUUAAGAAUGUAUUGGAUUCAUUUUUUUAGAUAGUAUUGUAAGUUUUAAUAUGGUUUUAAAAAUAUAGUUUGUUUAAAAAUAAAAUAGUUUGUUAGUGAAAUUUGAUCUGCAAAACACUGGCUUCAAAUUGACAAUAUAAUCAAUAUUCAGUGAAAGUGUUUCCUGGGGCUAAAAAAAACAUCAGAAGAGUCCAGGACCAGCACACUGUUGCAAUGCAUCAAUGACCCACCUCCAUAUUUUAUAGUGCUUUUCCUUGCUGGUAGUCAUCUUUAAUCACCAGGCAUGUAAGGCCACGGCUGCUUGGCAGUUUCAGGUGCUGUGUUUCUCAGGAACGAUGACUUUUGUGCAACAUUUUUAACAACUGGUACCUGAUAUUUAAAACAUAAAAGUCUACAGUUUUGAAAAAUUAACUUUUAGUUUUUUCUUUGCCUCACUUGCAGUCUUCUUCGAUUGAGUGGUGGUAAAGUACUUGUGCAAAAUUUUCAGCCUUUCCAGAUUUUUUUCAAACAUAUGACCAAAAUUGCACCUAAAUGUAUUUUAAUUUCUUAUGUAUUUUAUUUGCAUUAUAUGACUUGAAGAAUUCUGUCUUGUUUUAACUCUUUAGUUAUCCUCACAGUAACUGAUGACAAAUGAAUUGAAAUGUGCGAUCACAUAUUUAGACUGGGAGCAAUAAAGCAUUGAAUAAUUAA